AUGGUGAACAGUGCCUUCAUUGAGAAGAUAGUGGCCUCAGAAGAGUUCAAGAUCCUCGACCAGGUCGUAAAUAAACCCGAUGCAACAGUUGAUGACGCUCUGCAGAAAGUCAUGACCAUGACAAUGGCGGCCAGCGCCGCGCAUGGUCCAAACUCCCUCCAAGGCGCCGGUCUUGUCGACUAUAACGUCUCCUUGGCUCUCAUGGAACUGGUUCAGCGCCUCGAUCCCAUCAAGCACGGCAAGCUCGUUGAGUUCAUCUCAAAACUCCAAAGGCAGACAGUGAUUAAUCCGUCAACGGGCGAGCCGCAGAAAAUCCAGGGCAAUACCCUCUGGACGGAUCUACCGUCGUUUGGCUACACCGAGCUGGAAACAUGGUACGAAUUCGGAGGUGAAUACAAAGAUCCCUGCGACCCUCGGAUGGACCGCAAGGAACAACAGCGGUGGGCCAAUUUGAACGCGUUUCUCGCGCAACUCAGCCAAGCCACUGAUGUUCACCACCCGUCUCCUGGCGAGGAAGUCCUCUUCCAUCCCCUGGACAAAUCUCUUCGAGCACUGUGGACGAUGCAAAAGGCACUUGAAAAUGGGGACUGUCCUCCCAAGACACUGGUUGGCACGGUUGCCCUGCGAGCCGCAUGCCUGUGGUUUAUCUACGCCGCGGACCGGCUGUGGGCCAAUGUUCAGAGCGGUCGCACAUACCCCGAGGCCUCAGGAGCCGGACCCGGAAGUGAGAAGUACGCUCAGAAGGGCUGGAAGGGGUACGAACGAGAGAGGUGGGAUGUCUGGGAGCAGGGUCUGCAGGAUGCGAAAGCAGCGUGUACAGAUGAAGGGGAGAAGACACUGAUUGAAGACGCUUUGGCGCACAUGAGCCGCACGAUGCAGGUAUCUGGAUUCUGA